AUACAAAUAGAUUGCUUCACUAUAAAUGGGACACACAUCUUCUUCAUUCCUUGCUCUCAUCUCUGCAACACAAACCAAUGGCUUUGCUCAAUGAUCUCAUCAAUCUCAACCUCACAGAUUCCACCAACAAAAUCAUUGCUGAAUACAUAUGGAUUGGUGGAUCUGGUAUGGACCUUAGAAGCAAAGCAAGAACUCUUCCUGGACCAGUGAGUGACCCCAAGAAGCUGCCAAAAUGGAACUAUGAUGGUUCGAGCACGGGUCAAGCCCCUGGCGAGGACAGCGAAGUGAUCCUCUAUCCUCAAGCUAUUUUCAAGGACCCAUUCAGAGGUGGAAACAACAUCUUGGUGAUCUGUGAUGCUUACACUCCAGCCGGUGAGCCGAUCCCAACGAACAAGCGCCACGCUGCUGCCAAAAUCUUCAGCCACCCUGAAGUCGAAAAGGAAGUUCCAUGGUACGGUAUCGAGCAGGAAUAUACCUUGUUGCAGAAGGACAUCAACUGGCCCUUGGGCUGGCCUCAAGGAGGGUUCCCUGGGCCUCAAGGACCGUAUUAUUGCGGUAUCGGUGCUGAUAAGGCGUUUGGACGCGAUAUAGUUGAUGCACACUACAAAGCUUGUUUGUAUGCUGGUAUUAACAUUAGUGGCAUCAAUGGUGAGGUCAUGCCGGGCCAGUGGGAGUUUCAAGUCGGGCCGUCAGUUGGUAUAUCUGCUGGUGAUGAGAUUUGGGCUGCGCGAUACAUUCUGGAGAGGAUAACUGAGAUCGCUGGAGUCGUCGUCUCAUUCGACCCGAAGCCUAUUCCGGGAGAUUGGAAUGGUGCUGGAGCACACACAAACUACAGCACGAAAUCGAUGAGAGAAGAGGGUGGAUACGAGAUCAUAAAGAAGGCUAUCGAAAAGUUGGGUUUGAGGCACUCUGAACACAUUGCUGCGUACGGGGAAGGCAAUGAACGUCGGCUGACGGGCCGCCAUGAGACCGCCAACAUCAACACUUUCAAAUGGGGGGUGGCGAAUCGUGGUGCAUCCAUUCGUGUCGGGAGAGAUACAGAGAAAGAAGGAAAGGGCUACUUUGAGGAUCGUAGGCCCGCUUCGAACAUGGACCCGUACGUUGUUACAUCGAUGAUUGCGGAGACCACAAUCUUGUUGUGAAAUCCAUGAAUCUUGGUUGCCUUGGUGAUGUCUCCCAGUUGGCAAUAACGUUGGUGCAUUUUCUUGUCUAAUAACAUUUGGGUUUCAAUGUUUUGUCAUAUUUUUUUUUCUUUGUUGUUUUUGCUACAUUUGGGUUUUUAUCGAUGUAGUAUGUUUAGACAUGAAAGUUUGGAUACAUUUAUAUAUGAAUAAGCUGAUCGUUUACGUCGCUAGACUAUCAGUGACAACAACACAA